GAAUAUGAGAGUUGAUGGAAUUAUUGACUAUUACAAAGCAAGACUAGUCAUAGAAGGCUACAAACAAAAGAAAGAUGUGAGAACCUAACAAAGUAAAUUGUUGUUCCUUUUGCUUAAUCACAAAGUAAAUUGUUGAUAUAUAUCCAACACCAUUUUAAGAGAACCUAACAAUUGCAGUUAAUUUCCAAGGUAUGUCAUCACGUUGGUUUGAAACCCAAACCAUCUUCUAGCUUAAUUGGCAGCCGUGAACAUUUAUAAAUGUUUACUGUAUACUCCAAGGCCCCAAUAGCAUAGUGUCAGCUAGAAUACAUAGCUGUUUCACUUUGCUUCUUUCUUCAAUAUAAUUCACUUUGAAACUUUAACAAAGAGAUAAGGUUUGGUGCUGAACAUGCAGGGCAUUGAAUGUUUUACAUUCCCAUCCAUUAAAUUGUUCCACACAACUUGACUGAAAAGCUCAUAUUGCUAAUAGCUUCCACACUAGUGUUUUAUUUUGAUCUUUCUUAAAUACGGUCCUAAUGAAUCAGGAUGGGCCACAUCUAUUCUCAUUUCAUAUAUUUCGUUGUUCUAGGGGUUUCUGUUGAACUUUAUAUUCCGAGUCCUAAUGCUAAUUCUCUUUACAUGAAAGCAUCCAACUAUAUAAGUAACAUAUUAUUUUCCUUUUUGAUUGGCCUUCUAACUGAGUUUUCUCGACUUCUUCUAAUCAUUACGUUUUUUCAAUAUCUUCUCUUGCCUCUUAUAUGCACAAUCCCCAAGUUCCAAACUGAAAAGGAAUAUUUAGAUUCAUAUUGUUUGAAAUGGCUUUCACCUUGAAUAGACAAAUCAUUGGUGGGAUUGUGCCUGCAUUGUUGACAGUCUCAAUCCUAGUGGAAAUAUGCUUUGCACAGAAUGUUCCUGCUUUUUUUGUUUUCGGGGAUUCCUUGGUUGAUCCUGGAAAUAAUAACUACAUUGUAUCACUCACCAAGGCUAAUUAUAUUCCUAACGGGAUUGAUUUUGGAAUGCCAACAGGCCGAUUCACAAAUGGAAGAACAAUUGUUGACAUUAUAGGUCAGGAAUUGGGUUUUAAAGACUACCUGCGUCCUUACUUGGCUCCCACUACAGCAGGAGUUGUGAUUCUGCAGGGUGUCAAUUAUGCUUCCGGUGGAGGUGGAAUUCUUAAUGACACUGGAAAGAUCUUUGGAGGUCGAAUCAACUUAGAUGCGCAGAUAGACAAUUUUGCAAACAGCAGGCAAGACAUAAUCUCAAGCAUUGGAGCACCUGAAGCUCUAACAUUGUUUGGAAAAGCAUUUUUCUCUGUUACAAUAGGCUCAAAUGAUUUCCUUGAUAACUACCUGACACCAGUCAUCUCAGCCGUCAAGCAAAAGUUAGUCACCCCAAAUGUAUUUGUUGGUGCCAUGAUUUCAAGAUACAGACUACAACUUAUGAGGCUUUACAAUUUGGGUGCUAGAAAGAUUAUUGUGGCAAAUGUUGGACCUAUAGGGUGUAUACCUUAUCAAAGGGAUAUCAAUCUAUCUACGGGGCCCGACUGUGUUAGUUUUUCAAAUCAGUUGGCUCAAUUAUUCAACGCGGAGCUGAAAUGCCUUAUCACAGACCUCAGCUCUAAUCUUCAGGGAUCAAAAUUUGUCUAUGCAGAUGCUUAUAGCAUCGUAGAAGAUAUCCUGAAAAACUACAUAUCCUAUGGUUUUGAGAAUGCCAAUUCGGCAUGCUGCUAUCUUGUCGGUCACUUUGGGGGUUUGACGCCCUGUGGUCCUCUCUCAAAAGUUUGUAGUGACAGAUCCAAGUUUGGAAUAUUUCCUUCAUGGGGUCUCUCUCAGAAGCUUUCGCACAUAAUUGGUCCCAACAAAGCGCGUGAGGUUUCCCUAACAGCAACGCCACUAACUGCAGAAGUAGCUGAGAGGUUGGGCUUUGUCAACCAUGUUGUUGAAGAAGGUGAAUUGUUGAAGAAAGCCAGAGAAAUUGGUGAAGGCAUUUUGAAAAAUAAUCAAGACUUGGUGUUGAGGUAUAAAUCAGUCAUAAAUGAUGGCCUCAAGCUGGAUUUGGGUCACGCUCUUGCAUUGGAAAAGGAGAGGGCUCAUGACUAUUACAACGGAAUGACCAAGGAGCAGUUUGAGAAGAUGCAGCAAUUCAUAGCAGGUCGGAGCUCAAAGAAACCUUCUUCAAAGCUGUAGAUUUUCUGAUGUGCACAUCCUCCGUUGCAAAAUAACUCCCAAAAGGUGGGAAAUUAUGCAAGUUGCCUCUCUUUUAGAUAGCAAUACUGCACAUAUCAGCCUUGGGAUGCUAUUAGGUAACAAUGAUGAAGUGAAUCUUUAAUUGCAGUUUCUUUUCCUCCAAAUUCUUGAAACUUCAAAGUUUUUUGUAUCAAUAAAUGUUUGGUCCAAUUUUGAACUUCAAUAUAUAUAUGAUGUGCACAAAGCUGACCUACCCUAUUCAAAAAAUAGGAAAGAAGAUAAAGAAGGCAGUAGAACUCUUUUUAAAGAAGAAAAGAGAAAAAGAAAAGAGAUGGUCCAACUAUGUAAGUAAACCAAUGGUGUUUAUUGUUAAUAAAAUUGUUCAAAUUUACAACUA